AUGGUACUGGCAGAGGCCGACAGAGACUCCAGGAGAGACUGUCGUAGUGUCAGGGUGGUGAGGGGCCUUGCCGCGUCCCUGUGCUCUGCCGGUGUGUACACAGCCGCGUCCCUGUGCUCUGCCGGUGUGUACACAGCCGCGUCACGCAAGCCACACUUGCGAGGCCACAAACCUCUGUGUUCAAACAGCUGUGAGCUCAGAGCGACCAGGACCAAGCCUUUGUUCAAACCACUCAAAGAGCUGGAGAUGCCCUGGGAGGCUCGGGGGCAGCUGGAGGACCUUCUCCUGUUGCUCUAA